AAGUUUCUCUAUAGAGUUUCUUCUCCUGCUCUUUCCACCAAGGAGAAGAUUUCUCGUUAAUUUUGAUAGAUUUGCUCUUCCAAGCAAAGCUGAUUCUGUGGUCUGAAUCAUUUCAAGGAAAGAGAAGAUAGCUAAACAAGAGAAUAAUGGUGACUGGUUGUUUGGAUCUUCAUCAAUCCUUCAAAUCUGCAGAUUCAUCUUCUGUGCCAAUUCCUCCACCUCUUCCAUCAAAAUCUGAUGGACGUAAGAAAAGACUCGGGCCUAGCAGUGUUUCGACAGCCACAAGAGAUACGUGGGAUCGUCUUUUCAAUGAUGGAUACAAAGCUGAUGUAGUGAUCUAUACAGAUAAUGGCAGCAUCAUCUAUGCUCAUGCCAACAUCAUUGGAACUGCUUCCACUGUGAUCAAAGGCAUGUUGAAGCAAGCCAAGAGACAUGGCAAGUGGCAUACAAUCUCAAUCCGCGGUGUCCCUCAUGACGCUGUUCGAGUUUUUAUCCGUUUCCUCUACUCUUCUUGCUAUGAGAAAGAAGAAAUGAACGAGUUUAUCAUGCAUUUGUUACUUCUGUCGCACGCGUAUGUGGUUCCUCAGCUGAAACGGGUCUGUGAAUGGCAUCUAGAACAUGGUUUGCUUACCACUGAGAAUGUGAUUGAUGUGUUCCAGCUUGCGCUGCUGUGUGAUUUCCCUCGGCUUAGCCUCAUAUCUCACCGUAUGAUCAUGAAACACUUUAAGGAGCUUUCUGCGACAGAAGCAUGGACAGCUAUGAAGAAAAGCCAUCCCUUUCUUGAGAAAGAAGUUAGAGAUUCAGUGAUCAUCGAAGCAAAUAUGCGGAAAGAGAGGAUCAGAAAACGCAAUGAUCAGAGGAUAUAUUCGCAGCUAUAUGAAGCAAUGGAAGCUCUUGUUCACAUAUGCAGAGACGGAUGUAAAACAAUAGGACCACAUGAUAAAGAUUUAAAACCGGACCACGCACCGUGUAACUAUGAAGCUUGCAAGGGAUUAGAAUCACUGAUCCGGCAUUUCGCAGGCUGUAAGCUUAGAGUUCCAGGAGGUUGCGUGCAUUGCAAGAGAAUGUGGCAACUCCUUGAAUUGCAUUCACGUGUUUGCGCUGAUUCUGAUCAGUGUCGAGUCCCUCUAUGCAGAAACUUUAAGGAGAAGAUGGAGAAACAGAGCAAGAAAGAUGAAUCGAGAUGGAAACUUCUGGUGAAGAAUGUAUUGGGGAGUAAGAAAGUCGGAGGCUCUCCUUUCUUUUUACCGGUGACAAGCUGUUAAAAAACGUCGUCUCAAGAUUUCACCAUUUUGUCAAUCUCAAGAAGGGCGAGUUUUAAGCGUUUCUUGUGAUCCUAUCUUGAAAACAAGUGUAACAUAAUGAAUUUGAAUAAAUGACACAUAUUUUG